AUGACAGUAUCCUUAGGUGCUGUGAUUUGGUCGUCAGUGAAACCUAUUAUAAAAAUUUAUUUGAUUAUAGGUGUAGGAUUUCUUUGUGCAAAAUUAGAGAUUGUUUCAGCAGAAUCGAUUAAAUCGAUUUCUAAUAUCGUUUUGACAGUUCUAUUGCCAUGUUUGUCAUUCAAUAAAAUCGUUUCAAGUAUUGAAGAUAAGGAUAUAAAAGAUGUAGGUAUCAUCUGUUUGUCAGCUGCUUUGAUUUUUGGUACUGGCAUGUUCUUUGCAUUCGUCUGCAGUAAGUUUCUACCUGUACCCAAAGAAUGGAGAGGUGGCAUUUUGGCUGGUGGGAUGUUCCCAAAUAUUAGUGAUCUUCCGAUUGCUUAUCUGCAAACUCUAGACCAAGGGUUGAUUUUCACUGAAGAAGAAGGUGAAAAGGGUAUUGCAUCAGUCAUUAUUUUUUUGACAAUGUUUCUGCUAUGUGUCUUUAACCUAGGUGGGUUUAGACUAAUCGAAUACGAUUUUACGUAUAACGAUGAAGAAAAUGCCGUGCAUGAUAGUGAUAGAAAUUCAAAUAGUUUAGGUGUACCUUCAAAUCCUAAAAAGGAAAUCGACAAUCUAUCUGCAUCUCCCAAAGGUCUUGUAAAUACUAAAAAUAAAAUAAAAUUUAAUUUAAAUCUGCUUCGAAUAAGAAAAAAAAAUCAAAGUGAUCUAUCAAUUCCUGAUAUUAAAAACAAUAAUGUAUCAUCAGCGGAGUCAUCGACCAUUUCUAUGUUGAGUACAGGUUCCGGGUCAAAUUCGAGGUUCACUGUUAUUAGUCCAAUGCCUAUCCCGGAAGAAGGCCCUACGUUGCAAUUUAACGAAACCGAAUUAAUUAAUAAGCAAAUUAGGAGAGGACUGCAGAAUGAUAUAAGCAAUAAUGCUUCCAACAUGUCCAGUAUUAAUAGUUACGAUGACGAUUUAAAUGAUAGCACAAGCGACAGAGAAUUGAGUAGUUCAAAAAUUAUUUUAGGCACAGAUUCUAGUGAGUUGGAUUUGGGAGUUGAAAACUCUAAGAAUGAGAGAAAUGAUGAUAAGACAGAAAAUGACUCGAUUAAUCAAAGUGACAGCGAUAAUACUACAUCAAUUGCAUCUACAGCAUUGAGCCCAACACAGACUUGGGGGAAUUUUUCUACUAGAACUUCAAUUGCAUCAGAAGAAGCAAUUUCCAAUGCUCUUCCUUAUAGAAUAAGUAGUCAACCUAUAGCAUUUACUAGCGCUCUGUCCGAUGAGCAGCAUAACAUUGCAAUAAGAAGACAUUCAGAUGCAACAACUUCCAUGAAUCAGUUAAUUAGAAGUUAUUCCAACGUUGAUCAAUAUGGUAAUUAUGUUGAGAGAAGACAAUCUAUAGCUGAUAGUCAAGCUGAUAGUAUAAAUACUAUGUCCUCUUUUCAGAGGUUUAAAAGUGCCGAUUUAACAAGAAUGGUAACAACUGACGUCAAUGUUACAAGUAAAGAUGUGAAAGAGUCAGGUUCUUCACUUCCAGAAAGUAUCAGAAAAUUACCAUUUGUACCAUUGACAAUUUUUUUUCUAAAAAACUGUCUUCGUCCCGCAUCUAUGGCAGUGAUCAUUGCAUUGAUUUGUGCAUUUAUCCCAUGGGUAAAAGCUUUAUUUGUCACAACAGACACUACCCCAUAUAUACCAAAUGCACCAGAUCUAAAACCUCCAUUAAGUUUUAUUAUUGAUUUCACAGGCUAUGUUGGUGCUGCAUCAGUCCCUUUUGGUCUAUUAUUAUUGGGAGCAACUUUAGGUAGACUAAGUGUUGGAGAAUUGUAUCCAGGUUUUUGGAAAACUGCAUCUCUACUAGUCAUAUUAAGGCAAUGUGUUAUGCCUAUAUUUGGUGUUUUAUGGUGCGAUCGUUUGGUUAAAGCUGGCUGGGUUAACUGGGAAGAUGAUAGAAUGUUAUUGUUUGUAAUAGCAAUUACAUGGUCGUUACCUACUAUGACUACUUUAAUUUAUUUUACAGCAAGUUAUACCUCUCCCGAUGUUGAAAAACCAGUACAAAUGGAAUGUGUAUCUUUUUUCUUAAUGAUACAAUAUCCAUUAUUAGUAGUAAGUUUGCCAUUUUUGGUUACUUAUUUUUUAAAAGUACAGCUCAAAAUCUGA